AUGGGUAAACCCUCACACGCCAUCACCCACACAACUGCGGAGUCGUCGUCUGUGGACGAUGAGGUCGUCGACAAUGAAAAUGAGCGCAGCGAGCCCCUAAAUCCUACGGAACAAAAUUCUCAGCUUGUGAAAGGCGCAGUCAUUGUUCGUGACGGGAAGGACAUCUCCGAGUACGUUGUUAGCACUCAGGAUGACGGCGACCCAGCUUGCACUUUUCGCUCCUUCAUCAUCGGAUCUGGUUUAACUGCUCUUGCCGCUUGUAUCAACCAGAUCUACUACUACAAGCCAGUUGAGGUGUCAUUUGCAUCUGUUUUCCUCUGUCUGAUGGCCUACGUUAUUGGACUUGCCUGGUCUAAGCUGCUUCCACGCCGAGAACAUGUUGAGAAGUUUUUGCCCUCUCAAGCUGCAUGGCUCGGUCCUGUUGUCCACUUUAUCAACCCCGGACAUUUUGGUCUGAAGGAGCAUGCCGUCGCUUCAAUUCUCUCUACCUCAAGCGGUAACGGAGCUGCCAUUGUCCAAGUGUUUGGGGCUGAGAGGUUAUUUUACAAUCGUCAGACAGAAGCCGCUACUGCCAUUCUCACCAUCUUCUCUGCUUCAAUUUUUGGGUAUGGUCUCGUUGGCCUCCUAAGGUCGAUCAUUGUUCAUCCGACUGAAAUGGUUUGGUGGCAAUGCUUGCCAAUGAUAUCCAUCUACCAGACCUUCCACCGGGACCCGAAAGGCGCCAACAGAGACCGCCUGCGCAUGUUUGGCUUUACCUCGAUCGGCAUGCUAAUUUGGGAGCCAAUUGCUUCCUACAUUUGGCCAUGGUUGAACGGCAUUUCGAUUCCAUGCCUUGCUUCGAUGCAUGCCCCUUCUAGUACGAGGACAGUGAUCAAGAACGUGUUCGGUGGGAUUUCUUCGAACGAAGGUCAAGGCCUCUUCAAUUUCUCACUUGACUGGCAGUACAUCACCUCCCGAUAUAUGUCUCUACCAUUAUUGCAGCAGGCAAACUCCUGGGUUGGAAUCCUCAUUUCUUACAUCAUGUGCUUCUCGCUAUAUUAUGGAGGAGCCUGGGGUGCAAAGAAAUUUCCUUUCAUGUCUACCGCUAUGUUUGAUGCAACCACUGGAAAGAUAUAUAACCAAACGGCCAUCUUUGGAAGGACAGCCAUCCUGGAUCCCGCUGCCCUUGAAAAACACGGGCUACCCAGACUCACUGCAACCAAUGUCUGGGCUAACAUGGCGGCAAUGGCCGCUAUUGGCGGUCUCUUCACUCAUAUUGGUCUGUUUUAUGGUCCCAAGAUCAAGCAGUCUCUUACUCGCGCAUGGAAAAACGAGCAGCCUGAUAUACACUACAAGAUCAUGCAGCAAAACUACAAGGACGUUCCCCAGUGGUGGUAUGCUAUCGUUCUCCUGGUCGGGUUUUUCUUUGGGCUCGGGGCUAUUUACGUCGGGAACACUACACUUGAUCCAUGGGCCUAUGUGGUUGCUAUCCUCUUAGGUUGCAUCAUUGCCCCUUUUUCGCUUUGCCUUUACGGCCUGCUUGGAACAAGUAUCUCGACCAACAAUCUAUCCAAGAUGCUUUGUGGUGUUCUUCAGCCCGGAAAGCCCGUUGCAAACCUCUACUUUUCUAUGUUCAGUCACGAAGUAACCGUUUUGUCUGUUUUCUUAGCCACGGAUCUCAAGAUGGCACAGUAUCUCAAGAUUCCAUGGCGAACCAUGUUUCUCCUCCAGACCUAUGGCAGUCUUCUCGGCACGGCGCUCAACUAUGUCAUCAUGGACAAUAUUGUCACUAAUCGCCGAGAAAUCCUGUUGGAUCCCAUUGGCAAUCAAGUCUGGAGUGGUCAAAAGAUCCAAUCCCUCAACACAAAUGCCGUCACUUGGUCGUUGGCUAAAUAUGUGUAUGGCUUCAACAAGGAUGGAUAUGGGUGGAUUCCUCUCUCGAUUCUCUUUGGUGCUGCUGUUCCCGUAGUCCAUUGGCUCAUCUCACGGAAAUUUCCCACCAUAUGGGGCCACGAUACUCGCAAGAUGGUGUCUCCUGUCAUCUUCCACAACGCUUCCUCCACAACAGCGGGCACUACGUCAGUCGUUUGGUCUCAGGUUGCAACAGGGAUAAUAUCUCAAUGGUGGCUGCGUCUGCGGCACCCUGCAUGGUUUGGCAAGUACAAUUACAUUGUCGGUGGCGGCUUGGAUGCAGGAGCCAAGGUCAUGAUGUUUAUUCUUACAUUCUCUGUCUUCGGUGGCUCUGGAGCUGAGGUUUCUUUCCCCAAGUGGUGGGGAAAUCCCGUAUCUAGCGCAAAGCAGUAUGCUGACUACUGUGGCACUGGUUAA